GCAGCGAGCCGAUUCCCGCGCGGCGCACGUCGCAUCGGAGAACUGCUCGAGCUGAACGUGUUAAAUGGCUGUGCGUCGGCCAUGAUGGCUUUGAGCAGGGACCGUGUCACGCAAACAUGUUUUCAAAGUGAUAUAUCUCGUUUGGUGACUGAGUGACCGUGUUCCAGCGCGAUGGCCGGAGAACGAUGAGGCCCUGACCGCUCUCUGUGCCGGGUAUUACGGGCGCAGGGCCCCCAGCCAGGCCCAGUCAGGUUCACGUUCCGCAAGCCCGAAGCCCGAGCCGACCCGACUGGCCUCACGGUUCGACACCAGCCAACUCGGUUGUCAACACGCGAGCCAGCCGCCUCAGGAUGAGCAAGCUGUCGUUCAGGGCCCGCGCCCUGGACGCUUCCAAGCCCAUGCCGAUUUACAUGGCCGAGGAACUGCCGGAUCUGCCAGAUUACUCGGCCAUUAACCGUGCUGUGCCCCAAAUGCCCAGCGGCAUGGAAAAGGAGGAGGAAUGUGAACAUCACUUGCAAAGAGCAAUAUGUACGGGUCUAAUCAUUCCUACCCCUGAAGUAAGCGACUUGGCAGACGCAGAAGCAUAUGACAAAAUAUAUCCAGCUGAUUAUAAGCUUCCUCGUCAACUCAUACAUAUGCAACCAUUUGCAAUGGAACAAGAUAUUCCGGAUUAUGAUAUGGAUUCAGAAGAUGAAAAGUGGGUUGCAGUGCAAAGCCGUAAAAUGGACUUAACACCGCUUCAAUUUGAAGAAAUGAUGGAUCGAUUGGAGAAAAGUUCAGGGCAAACUGUUGUCACCCUUAAUGAAGCUAAAGCACUUCUGAAAGAGGAUGAUGAUUUAAUUAUUGCAGUUUUUGAUUACUGGCUAAAUAAACGUCUUAAGACACAACAUCCACUUCUAUUAACGGUGAAAACGGAGCAUCGGUUUGGUUCAGCUGCCAAUAAUCCUUAUUUAGCGUUUAGACGUAGGACAGAAAAAAUGCAAACACGUAAAAAUCGCAAGAACGAUGAAACUAGUUAUGAAAAAAUGCUGAAACUUCGUAGGGAUCUUAGUAGAGCAGUUACUCUCCUUGAAAUGGUUAAGCGAAGAGAGAAGACUAAAAGGGAACACUUACAUCUUACAAUUGAAGUCUACGAGAAAAGAUACCAAGCACAAGACUUCAGUGGACAAAUAUUGGCAGAAGUAUCGGCGCUAAAGACACCAAGACCAGCUUUUGCUCCAUUGUUUACAAAUCAAUUUGGUGUUCAUCAAAAUUGGGCAAAUAAAGUUUGUAGUAAACAGGACGAAGUUGUACCAAGAAAAGAAAAAAGACAGUACAAGAAGCGGAAACAUAAAACUGACAGCAGAGGAGGAAGUUUGGACGACAACGGCGUACGUGGUGGAACAGGUAGCGGAGGUGGUCGAGGAAGUCGACCUGGCGUUCUUGGGAGCGGGCUGGACCCGCUAAUGAGCUCAGACGAAGAUAGUCCGCUUCCAUCUCAUUCACAUUCUCAACCUUCGGUUCCCUCUGAUCGUGAUGACGAAGACACCGCAGACGAGGGUCAAUUCGCUUUUCGACGGAAUAGAAAUAGCACUUAUUUACCACCUGUAUCAGGUGGGUUUGGAAAUUGGCCUUGGUGUGAUAAAAACGAAGGGGGUUUGGCCGAUAAGAAGUAUAGGUUUGCACUGACCAGUAUCAGCAAACCAGUACCAAGGUGUAUUGGUUUCGCGCGGCGACGAAUUGGUCGGGGUGGCAGAGUCAUAUUGGAUCGUUGUUCGACCGAUAUGGACGAUAUGUGGUCGUCUUUAGACUUCACGAUACAUCAACCAAAACGAGAACCCGUGGACUCCGAUACAACAACUGCCACAUCCACAACUCCAGUCAAGAAAGAGUGGUUACAUUUCCGACCAAAGACUCCGCCCGUGUCAGUGCAUAGUCCAAGUGAAGAAAGUAGUGAUACGGACUCGGAUGUAGAGCCAACGUUAUCGCAAACGAAACCACUUCCGUACCCGUUCCCACCCGAGGCGACAUCCAUUUGCGUGGAAGUGGAGCCUGAACGUGCGGGAGACGAGCCACCUUUCACGUCUGAGUUUAAUAUCGCAGAUUAUUUCUCAGUGGACGCUCUAUCGGACUUCGACCUUGCCAUAGCGAAUAUCACCGGUAGUGGAUGUGUUAGUGGACUGUCGGACAAUAACUCUAGCGACUCGCGGACAGAUGAGCUGGGCAGUUCACAUUUCGUUGUGACUCCGCUACCUAGCAAUUAUUUUGCACAACCUGCGGCACAGCAGGGUCGGCCUCAGUGCAGUGGUAGUGGUUCUAGUGUUGUAAAUACUUCUACAAGUUCUACGGUCCCGUCGUCUUUCUCGUGUACGACCAAUCAAGCGGCAACGUCGAGUACAGUGUCCACGCAGUGCGCCAGUACUGCUACCGAGACACAAUCGAAUCAUCAGACUAAACAACAACACAGACAAUUGCCAAACAAUAGCAGUACUGCCUCCAUUCUAUCUAAGUCUUUGACUAGUCCAACAAAUAAUAGAAAUGGCGGCAACUGCGGCAGUGGUAGUGCUGGGGUUAGAGUGUUCAGUGCGAGUACCACGAGUAGUGGAACGAUAACAAACUUUGGUAAUGGCCAUCAGAAUGGUCCGCUACCUCAUAUAAAUAACUCUAACAACAUUUCAAAUAGCACUCACAUGGUGAAUAAUCAGUCGACGAUAGUUCUGCCGCAAAAACAUCCGCCGUCCAGUCUGCUACCUGGCUUGAUCGCGCAGAGCAAAUUGGCGAGUCUCGCGAGGCAGCAACAACAAACGCAAAGUCAGGCGCAACAAAUCCCAACGUCCGGGGAAAUUACGCUUAAUAGUAAUAGUGAAAGUUUGGAUAUGGAGGUGGAUGGAGUGGAAACUGCAGCUUGUGAUGGUAAACCGCAGCAGCAGCAGCUUGUACGGGCAAACAAAACAAAUUCAUUAGCAAUGGAAGUGACAUGAUGCCUGCUAUCAGCACCCCUGCUGCCGCCAAUACGUCACUGGGGGCUUCGCUAAAUUUACCUUGCCUAUGUCUGCCUGAUUCCGGGCCUGGACAUGCACUACGGGCUCGUUAAAUACGAAAUGCGGUACGGCUAGACCCAAUUGCAGAAAUGCUCUGAUCAGUUGCCUGUUGUGGCGAUAAAGAGAGAAUAGUAUCGAUUCCGUUGCAAGUACUAAGUUAAUUUCGAACAGAAAAAAAAGAUCGUGCACUAAUUCACUUUUCUAAGUCGGUCAUUUCCUUGCUCAUUGAACAACUGCAAUUACUCAAUGCAAACACAGUAUUUCGCUGAAUGUUUACAACAACAGAAAAAAAAACGAAAGUAUAAGACAAUUUAUUUUUUUAAAUGCAUUACAGUGACUCCUGGCUUACGUUCUUUUCCAUUUUUUCCUCGGUGGAAAUUAUUCGUGUAGAAAUUAGUAACAGAUGAAUACUACACUUUUACGUUUGACAAAUUAAUAGCCUCAUUCUGAGAUAUCGAAACAUUGACAGCACUUCUUUGUCAUUUUUUUUCUACUCAUACAUGCAAGUACUGCUAAAGUAUCUGUGAUGCAGUUAUUGCAAUCAUACAACAAGCUUUCUCAGACACAGCAUUAAUUAUUUUAUCGUGAAAAUAUUGCACAGAGAUAUUCGCGCUUGAGACAUCUCUUCUUUUUGUAAUUUUUGAAAUUUUCAUAUAAUUCAUGAAGAAGAUCUGGCAAUAAGUAAUAACGAACGCGUACCAUUUAAAUUUUGUAAAAAGUUAAUUUUAGAUGAUAAUUCGCCUUUGCAAUAUGAAGUCUACGUUUUUCAAAGUGAUGCUUUUAUGUGUGCGUUUAUGAUUGUAAAUUUUAUUUAAAAGGAAACGAUACACGUCAGAGAUAUAACUACUUCCUACGAGAACUGUAUAGUAAAUCUUUUAUAGAUACCUUUAAUAAUUACAUUAUAUAUUGCUCAUUUCAGCGAACACAGAAUAGAGUGAUUUGACUUAUCGUAAACUCGUAUGAUUAUUUCAACACUGUACAUAGAUUCGGUUUAAUAUAUGAUAAGAUAUUAUUCAGUUUAUUUCUUUAUAAAGUAGUAAUACGUUGAAGGCUUCCAGGCUGUGAAAUAAUGAAACUAUUGUUAACAAUAAUUAUCCUUGAAUUAGCAUUAAAGUUACUCGAUGAAUACAGAACGUUUUGAUUAUUUCAUUGAUCGCUGAACCAUGCAUUUCUGUGCUAUUAACGUGCAUUGAAUCAUCCCUCGUAUGAGACUGUAGCAUAUAAAUUUAGAUCCUAAUGUUGCGUUUGGGAAGCUUGUACCAUAGACGUCCUAGUAUCAUAAAGUGACGAGUUCGUGACACUACAUUAGGAUUUGUAAUAUUUACAAGGAAUAUGGAAAUAUUCCCAUGUCUUUCACUUUAGUAAUUGCGAGCUAUGGAAGUAAAGAUAAUAAUCGAUGGAUUUAUUUACCAUACAAUGCAUGGAGGAAUGUCAUUAUAUUUCCUAAUUGGCUUCAAAGUAUACUCUUAAUGUUCUAUAAGUAACCAACGCGCCACGAACGAAUGUAUCAUUAGUUUUCUUUGUCUUGUUUCGUCAAAGAAUUUACUUAAAUAUUUUUAUUCGCACCAAUAGAACUCAUUACCAGAGGAAAAGAAAACCAUUGGACAAAUGCUACAAAUAUUAUAACAACAAUCAAAACUGUUCAAGCUUCAAGAAUUGAAGCUUCAAAUGAUCAGGCAGACAUUGAUUAAAAAGUAGCGUUAUUUGCUAUUAAAAAAGAAAAAAUUACCACUCGUUUUGUUAUGUUAUUCUACGAUUUAUCGUAGAUGAAUAGAUUUUUCAUGGUUUACCGAUACAGCUACGUGGAAAAUGAAAUUAUAAAGACUUGACAUUUACUCAUGCAUAAUCCAUACGCUUCGCUAUAUAAUUUUCGUCGAUAAAAUUUGUAUUCUUCUAGGAAACACAAGACCGACAUGCGAAUAGUUAUCGAAACUGCGCUCGUUCUCGCGCGCGUUUAUUCUCUUCCUCUUAGUCUUUCUAUAUAUAUACAUAUAUAUUAUCGUCUCCUGUUUUCAAUUGCAAUUUCAUCGAAAUGAAACGUUAAACAACAUAAAAAACGAACAAAAGUUACAUGAAAACCGACAAUAUUCAGCGUAUGUCCUCAUUCGAAAUUCAACAAAGUAACGGCAAAGAAACGAUCAACAGGUUCUUAAAAAACAUGGAAAAUGGUUUUCUUAGCACAAUCAUACUUUUCAUACUUCUGUGUGGCUGAGACGAAAACGAUGCAUGCGAUGAAUAUAAAAAUGAUAAAAUUCAAGGGUACAUCUGUUACGUGAUUUGUAUUAUUAUUUUUUUAAAAAA